UUCAAUUUGCGUUUUUCGUAAGCUCCAUCGAAUACAACCAAAGGAGUGAUGUUGCAAUCGGACAAUAAUUGAAAGAAAUUCUUGAUAACAGCAGCAUAUUUGUCGUAGUCGCCCCCAAAACAGUCGUUGCACCUGCAAUGCCAUUUAUAAAGCUGACAAGCAAUACUGUUUCCAUCUAUCACUAAAUAUGUGUCGUGGAGUUCGUAACUGUCGAGGUAUUGACUCGAUCUAUUGGCUAUAAAUGUUGUCAAGCCCCGAAUACCCAUUUUUAAGCGUGUUUCACGUUUAUUUUACAGGUUAUAYACCAUUGUGGUCAUUGUCAAGAUGACAGAUAACUAACCUCACUAAUGACAAAACGUGAAGGAAGUGACUUAGGUUGCGUCUGACAACCCAGAUUUAUUGAAAUUUGUGUGAAGUUUGUUAAGUUAAAAUAUUACUGAUUUAGUUUGGGUCACCAGUAACCCAAUUUGGUUUGUCUUGUAGUGUUUUGUGUAAUUUUGUCAUACGAUUAUUAAAAAGGUGUGCGAUCAAUUUUCGGACGUAGCCUCAGACACGCUCUGUUUUGAUAAUGUUUUGACGUUUAUGGUAGUGUUAUCUAAUUCUAAAAUGUGAAGAAGGAUUUCCGAGUGAUAAUUACCCCAAAUAAUGCUGAGCGUGUUUUUUUAUUGUGAUAAAAGAUAACUAAACUGCAGACCCAAAAAAAAUGUUAAGUCUCGAAGGAAAAAUUUCGUUGCAAAGUUUCACCGGAUCCUCACUCAUAUUUUUCGUAAUCUGCAUGUUUAAUUAUUAUUACGGAAUCACUAAUCUGGUAGUAAACACAUUGACUGUUUUUUUCUACACCGUCAAUGUUUAUUUUUUUCUGAAAUUCUUUUAUAACGAAUAUGCUUUUGCGAUUGCAAUACGUGCCGCUAUUUUGGGCUUGGUUCUGGUUUUAGGAGUCUACAUAAAGCUAGUCGCGCCUCCAAACAUUCAAAUUUUUGGGGGCUAUAUGUCUGUCAUGGCAUUGUUUCACUACAGUGAGUUUUUGGCCAUAGCGGUUGUGCAGCCUAAGCAGGUCUCAACUGAUUCUUUUGUGAUAAAUCACAGUCCACAAUAUACGAUUGCUGCAAUAAGUUCGUGGAUAGAAUUUUUCAUUGAAACUUAUUUUUUCCCAGGCCUUAAAGAAAUUCACUGGCUUUCAAAUAUUGGUUUAUGUGUUUGUAUUCUCGGCGAAAUUUUACGUAAAACAGCAAUUUUGACAGCUGGUUCAAAUUUUAAUCACUUAGUCCAGUGUGAAAAAUCUAGUGAUCAUGUUUUGGUUACCCACGGGGUCUAUGGUUGGUUCAGACACCCGAGUUAUGUUGGCUGGUUUUAUUGGUCAAUUGGGACACAAAUAAUCCUAAUAAAUCCACUAUGCAUUCCAGCUUAUACUCUUGCAAGUUGGAUGUUUUUUAAAGAGAGAAUUUAUAUUGAAGAAAGUAUGUUGUUGAGCUUUUUCGGUCAACAAUACUGUGAUUAUCAGCAACAAGUAGGAACUGGUAUUCCCUUUAUUGAGGGUUAUAAAAUAUAGUAAGCUGAAAAAAUGUUAAAAUUUUUUAUCUACUGUAAACACAGUAUUAUGAAAGUGUCUAGGCCCCAUAUCGAUUAGUGACUAAAUGGUUUUUGUUGGUGCCAGAAUACUUAUUCUAAUCUUUUUAUAUUGACUUAUUUUUCUUUGUUAUAUUUACUAAUUCUACAAUAAAGAUAUAUUUUAUGUGACUGAA